GCAAUGGUUUAGGAAGUUGUCAUCGUGUAGCUCUUAGCCAGUCAGGGAAGCCCAACUCAGACAGUGUGUGGUAGAAAGAUGGCGAUGAAAGGCGGAAAAAAUGGAUUGUUGGGGAAAUGGAAGAUUGAUGAAAAACCAGUUAAAAUUGACAAGUGGGAUGGAGCUGCUGUGAAAAACUCUUUGGAUGAUGCUGCCAAAAAGGUUCUUUUGGAGAAGUACAAUUACACAGAAAACUUUGGUUUAAUCGAUGGACGACUCUUAAUUUGCACAGUUUCCUGUUUGUUUGCCAUUGUUGCUUUGGUUUGGGACUACAUCCAUCCUUUUCCAGAAUCAAAGCCCGUCCUUGCCUUCUGUGUCAUAUCAUAUUUUGUGAUGAUGGGUAUCUUGACACUCUACACAUCUUACAAGGAGAAAAGCAUCUUUUUAGUGGCUCACCAGAAAGAUCCUGCAGGAAUGGAUCCUGAUGAUAUCUGGCAGCUGUCUUCUAGUCUCAAAAGGUUUGAUGACCAGUACACCUUAAGGAUGACAUUUAUUUCUGGAAGUUCCAAACAUCAGAGAGAAAUAGAAUUCACCAAGUCUGUAGCACACUUUUUUGAUGAAAAUGGAACCCUGGUAAUGGACCUGUAUGAAACUGACGUUUCCAAACUCCAUGAUAGUUUGUCAUCUGAAAAGAAGUUAAAAUAACUGAACAUCCACUGGAUGUACUGCUGGGAUCAUGCAAAAUAGAAAAAGGACAUAAUUCCUCCUCUUUGCUCUUUAAACUUCAUUUUUACAAUUGUACUGCCAUAGCUAUCACUGAAUUUUCAAGGGCAUCAGUACUGCAGCAUUGUUGCUAUAGAAUGGGAGCAAGUAGAUGUGUGUUCCUGGUAUCCUUACCUGUUCAAGUCAUGUACGUCUGUCUUGGCAAUGCUGUUUUUUUUUUUAAGACUAUACAGAAUAAAGAAUAUGUGAGUCAAUUACAGCAAAACAUUAA